AUCCAGGGUGGCCCAUCAUAAAGACGCUUUAAACGAUAUAAUACAUAGACAACAGUGUAAUUUGUAACCCUAAAGAAAGUUUUAACCUAGCGUCGUCGUCGUCGUCGCCUCCAGCAGCAGAGCCAGAGAAGCAAAGAAGAUUCUCUGUAAUCGACCAUGGGAAAGGUGCACGGUUCAUUGGCUCGUGCCGGGAAGGUGAGAGGUCAGACACCGAAAGUGGCUAAACAGGACAAGAAGAAGAAGCCUCGUGGCCGCGCUCACAAGCGAUUGCAACACAACCGCCGUUUCGUCACUGCAGUUGUUGGCUUUGGCAAAAAGAGAGGACCAAACUCAUCAGAGAAGUAGAGACAAAACCAAGACUUCUGGUGUGGUUUUCCGUCGGAUUAUUUUGAUGUUUUGAUAAUGCGUUUUAGUUCCGGUAUGGUAAUGAGUCGAUGGAUGUUGAGCCAAUGUUUGUUGUCAAUUUUAUUCGUGUUUCUCCUUGGAUUAUUUUUAUUAUAUUAAAGACACUCAAACUCCAUUAUAGGAGGAGAAAGUA